UUUUCAUCUGAUCCCACCAGUCUUCCGUUGACCGCCAAGCGUUAAAGUUCGUCGUUGCGGAACACUCAAACAGUGGAAUCAUUUUAAUCAAAAACACACAACGUUAUAUGCCUUAACGGUGAUCGAGAACAAAGUCCACAACUUCGUUAGUGCACAUCCGUUCCCUGAUCUUUAGUGACAAUUAAUUUUCAUUUCACGUGGGACGUGUUCUAGUUCAGCUGUGUUACUUCAUAAGCCUGGAAAGCACGAGCCUUUUGAGAUGCUCCCGAUGAACCUGCGGACCUUAUCAGCUGGUACAUUUUGCGACCGAACUCUUCGCCGUAUGCUCACAACACAACCAAAUACUCAACGUCCAGAAUCGCUAAAGCAGCAUCGACAACAACAGCACGAUUUCCCGGCGUACAAAGGACAGUGUUAUGAAGAGGUCGUGAGACUUCGCAAACAGUUUCUAACGCCAAAUGUGACCUCAUAUUACAAGAAGCCGCUUUUGAUUCACAAAGGCAGCGGCGCACAGCUUUUUGAUCAGGAAAAAAGCUAUUUGGACAUGUUCGGUGGAAUCGUAACUGUGUCCGUCGGCCACUGUCAUCCGAAAGUAAAUGCUGCCUUGGAGGAACAACUCCGCACCCUGUGGCACACGACAAAUAUUUACAUGCACCCUAAGCUGCAUGAAUAUGCGGAAAAACUGGUGACCAAAUUGCCGGGCGAUCUUAAAAACGUUUAUUUUGUCAAUUCAGGCUCCGAGGCGAACGAUUUAGCCAUGAUGAUUGCACGUUUGUACACAGGCAACCAUGACAUCAUCAGCUUUCGAAAUGCGUAUCACGGUGCCUCCCCUUAUACGAUGGGACUUACGGCACAUUCCACCUGGCGAUAUCCGCUUCCCGGACUCAAUAGCGGCAUCCUACAUGCAAUGAAUCCCGACCCAUACACGGGUAUAUGGGGUGGUAAGCAAUGCAGAGACUCGCCAGUGCAAACUACGCGGAUCUGCGACUGCCAAGAAGGUGAAUGUAAGGCAUCGGACAAGUACUACGAGCAGCUGGAGCAAAUAUUCAAAUAUUCACUUCCCCGUGGCAAGGUGGCCGCGAUGUUCGCCGAGUCCAUUCAGGGCGUUGGAGGUACUGUACAGUAUACGAAGGGAUACAUCAAGCGUGCCGCGGAGCUCGUGCGAGCUAACGGUGGACUGUUUAUUUCGGAUGAGGUACAAUCCGGGUUUGGGCGUACUGGAGAACACUAUUGGGGUUUCGAAGGCCAUGAUAUCGUACCGGAUAUAGUGACUAUGGCGAAAGGCAUUGGAAACGGAUUUCCCAUGGGAGCAGUGAUAACGUCGCGGAAAAUCGCGGAGGUGCUUUCCCAGGCUUUGCACUUCAACACGUUCGGAGGCAACCCGUUAGCGUGUGCUGUAGGGAUGGCAGUUCUCGAUGUGAUCGAUGAGGAAGAAAUGCAAAAAAACUCACUAGAUGUGGGUACCUACUUGUUGAAGGGACUGGAACAACUCCGCGACAAGCACGAUGUUAUUGGGGAUGUCCGUGGAAAGGGAUUGAUGAUUGGUGUGGAGCUAGUUGCCGAUAAGGAAACGCGACAGCAUUUAAGCGCUCCGCAUUUCGUCGAUAUCUGGGAGAUGUGCAAAGACAUGGGCGUUUUGUUUGGACGGGGCGGACUGAAUGCCAAUGUGCUUAGAAUUAAGCCUCCGAUGUGCAUAACAAAAGCGGACGUCGAUUUUGCCUUGCAUAUUCUUGACACUGCCUUGAGCAAGCACUCGGAAGGAGUGCGCCAAAAUUCUUAAAAUCGUUUCAGUUCGAUGUUCUUUUUUGCAAUACAUUAACGGAAUAUAAGGAUUGUGCAUCAAUGAGCUGGUUAACAAAUGGAAAAAAAUAAUAAAUUAACAUAACUGAAUAAAUAAUGCAACAACGUUCGCGUAUAUUAAUUUCAUUCGCUCCUCAUUUAACGAUCAUUUGGCUUUGCAAACACAUAACGUUAGGAAAAAAGAGCUGAGCAUUAACUAGCAAAUUUAGACUAUUUACCAAAUUGUUUGAAGAAGAAUCAGCAUCUACUUGUCACGGGUGAACGUAUGUCAACAGAAUCAUCACGGUAUUGUUAGCCUGUAGUUUCCAGCACUUGGGUUGACACGUAUUCAAAAUUUUGAGAUUACGUCUGCGUGUGUGUGUGUGUGUGUGUGUGUGUGUGUGUGUGUGUGAGCUUAAUUAUUAACAUAUUCAUCUUUUGUACCACUUACAAAAUAUGUUUUUUCAUGCUUUUGAUUGCAAUUAAUCCAUAACGUUUGUUUUGGCUUUAAACACGAAUUUCCCGAGGUUCUCAAGGUUGGGACUAAUUUUCAUUUUUUUUAUGCUAAAUUUAAAUUUCCCUGGUAUAGGUACUACGUAUCAAGCCACCUAUGUGUGUUACUCGAACGGAUGCUGACUAUGCACUAGCAGUUAUCGAUUACUGCUGCGAACAGUACAUGAAGAAACAAAAGCGUGGAUCGACGCGCUAGACGAACGUGCCGACUUUUCAACCGUGUUCUGCUACGAAAUUUGGGAAAUAUCACUCGAAUGUACGCCACCUACGCUAAGCGUUGAUAGUGCAAGUAUUUUUACGUUAAGUUUUUUUCUUUGCCACUGUUAUGAAACAUAACAUUCCUCAUAUUAUGAUCUGUGAUGUAUGCCAAGAAUACCGGAGGUAAAGGGAAAGAAUAAAUUAUACAUUUCAACUUUGGACAGCAAA